UACAUAUAUAUACUGGGAGUACCUAAUUUAGAGGUUUCUUUUCCCACCUGGGCAAAUUGUGUAACUCGCAAGUUGUUUCAACUUGGAUCACAAUAAGGACCACAGUUGCGGUCAAGUAAUCUUUUGAUUUCUUGAAAGAAACUUCGAAUCCUCUACGCCACCACCAGAUGACAGGCCAUUCACGAUAUAUCCAAAAUGGCAGAAUCAAAGCAAUACCACCCCCAAAUAUCACAGGGCCAAGCGGUACUACCGCCACAGCCACAACCCCCUUCAUGGUGGAGUAAGAAGCAGCAACGUUUCCCUAUCUUGCGAAAGAAAAGGGGCGUUGCUCUUGUUAUUGGCAUCAUGAUCUUACCUCUCUUCGGCCUAUUAGGCCUUCUUGCCCUACGAAACCGAGGCGGUAACAGUAGCGAGUCUGCAGGGGGAGCAGGGAAUGCGGAUCUCGUCACGGAUGAUACGUAUUUCUACGGUCAAUCUGAGCCUGUGUAUCCUUCGCCGAUGAUGUCGGGUACCGGAGCAUGGGCUGAUGCAUACACUAAAGCUCUCGACUUUGUGAAGCAGCUUACGACCGAAGAGAAAGUGAGUCUCGCCUCGGGCAUAUUUUCAUCGACCGGCAGUUCCGGGACUGUGAAUGGUUGCUCGGGGAACAUUGACGCGAUCCCGCGAAUGAACUUUUCGGGAUUCUGUCUCAACGAUGCCGGUCAAGGAGUUCGGGGCACGAAUUUUGUCAGCGGCUUCCCAAGCGGCCUCCAUGUCGCCGCUAGCUGGAACAAGGUUCUAGCUCGAAGCCGUGCUGAUAGCAUGGGUCUCGAGUUCAGAGUCAAGGGAGUCCAGAUUCAUCUCGGUCCUGUUGUUGGUCCACUAGGCCGGGUAGUACGCGGCGGCCGUAAUUGGGAGGGCUUCUCGCCUGAUCCAUACCUAUCCGGUGUGCUUGUGUCAGAAACCGUGCAGGGUAUUCAAUCUCAAGGAGUUAUCACAAGUACAAAGCACUACAUUGGCAACGAACAAGAGACCAAUCGACAGCCUACAGGCGACGUUGAAGCUGUCUCGGCUAACAUUGAUGAUAAGACUCUGCACGAGCUUUAUUUAUGGCCAUUCCAAGAUGCCGUCAAAGCCGGUACUGCCAACAUUAUGUGUUCGUACAAUCGAGUCAACAAUUCGUAUGCUUGUGCGAACAGCAAACUUCAAAAUGGUAUCCUCAAAACGGAGUUAGGCUUCCAAGGAGCCAUCACCUCGGAUUGGGGCGCUAUGCAUGCUGGUGUCGCGUCAGCCGAGGCUGGAAUGGAUAUGGUUAUGCCGAAUUCCGACUUAUGGGGAGAUAAUCUCACGAAAGCAGUCAAGAACGGAUCUGUCACAGCGGAUCGUAUAAACGAUAUGGCGACACGAAUUAUGGCCGGCUACUAUCAAUUAGGACAGGACCAAGGCUUCCCGGAUCCUGGUAUCGGUAUGCCUGCGGAUUUGACUAAACCGCACGAUAUCGUUGACGCAAGAAACAUAUCGUCUGAAAGUGUCCUACUAGACGGCGCUAUUGAGGGUCAUGUCUUGCUGAAGAACAAGAAUAACACCCUCCCUUUGAAAAAGCCAAAAAUGCUCUCAGUAUUUGGCUACUCUGCAAAGAACCCCGAUCAAUGGAACUACAAAUCAAACGGUGGUGUUGCUGCGUGGACAUUUGGAGGCGAGUCAUCUUACCUCGGGCGUGACACGGCAGCCGGGUUCUCAGGACAUUAUUAUGAAGCUUUCUCGGACAUCGCUCCGAACGGGACACUAUUCUGCGGCGGGGGUUCUGGCGCUGUAACACCCGCUUCCGUCAGCGCACCAUUUGAUGCUCUGAAUGCCCGUGCAUUGGACGACCGUACUGCUGUGUCCUGGGAUUUCUUUAGUCCAGAGCCAGAUGUUGCUGCUGCAUCCGACGCUUGCCUUGUCAUCGUCAAUGCGUUCGCAAGUGAAGGAUACGAUCGCCCAAGCCUACGAGAUGAUUAUACCGAUGGAUUGAUCCGACACGUAGCGGACCGAUGCAACAAUACUAUCGUGAUUUUCCAUAAUGCCGGCGUUCGACUCGUAGACCAAUGGAUUGACCAUCCCAACGUGACAGCCUUGAUAUUCGCACAUCUACCUGGCGAAGCAUCCGGCCGAGCACUUGUAUCGCUACUCUACGGAGAAUCAACCCCGUCCGGCAAACUACCUUUCACGAUUGCCCACAACGAGUCCGACUACGAAGCAUUCGCGGGGCCGGACCUUCCAUCUGGUCGGUUCGAAAGGUUCCCGCAGUCCAAUUUUAGCGUCGAGGGUGUGUACAUCGACUACCGCCACUUCGACCUCAAGAAUAUCACGCCCCGAUACGAAUUCGGGUUCGGAUUAAGCUACACUACAUUCGAGUAUUCGGAUUUAAAGAUCACAAAAGAAGAUAGUGCAAAUACGGACGAGUUUCCCACUGGCGCGAUCCGCGAGGGUGGACAGGAAGACCUGUGGGACGUAGUAGCGACGAUCAAUGCGACUAUUCGGAAUAGCGGCGACGUGAACGGCGCCGAGGUCGCCCAGUUAUACGUGGGCAUCCCGAAUGCGCCUGCGAAACAGCUUCGCGGUUUCGAGAAGCCGACGUUGAAUACGUCGGUUACGACCACGGUCGGGUUCGAACUUACGAGACGCGAUCUUAGCAUCUGGGAUGUGGUGGCACAGAAGUGGCGCUUGCAGGCGGGCGAAUAUGGCGUUUUUGUGGGAAGAAGCAGCAGGGAUUUGCCGUUGAAAGGGACGUUAACGAUUUGAUGAUUUGUGCUUAUGGAAAAGGGAAAAGGGAUAUGACUGGUAAAGGUACCUAGGUAGGUAAUGAUAAGGAUAUGAAUAGGGUAUGGCUAGGGUAUGGAUAUGCUGCAUGAGACUGACUGUACAUGACGACUAGGGGGGAUAAGGAGAAUGCAGCUAGGUAACGGCUGUUAAUGCGAUGAGAUGAUUGCAUCUGCGCGUUGGAGCCAUGAACCCGGUCCGUUGAAUAAAGGAUC